AUGACGACAACGAUUGAUGAUGAUGGUGAUGAUGAUGGUGAUGAUGAUGGUGAUGAUGAUGGUGAUGAUGAUGGUGAUGAUGAUGGUGCUGACGAUGCUGAUGAUGAUGGUGAUGAUGAUGGUGAUGAUGAUGGUGAUGAUGAUGAUGCUGAUGAUGGUGAUGAUGAUGAUGGUGAUGGUGGUGAUGAUGGUGAUGAUGGUGAUGUUGGUGAUGAUGGUGGUGAUGAUGAUGGUGAUGGUGGUGACAGUGGUGACAGUGGUGAUGGUGGUGAUGGUGGUGAUGGUGGUGAUGAUAGUGAUGGUGAUGAUAGCGAUGGUGAUGAUGGUGGUGAUGAUGGUGAUGAUCAUGGUGAUGGUGAUUAUGAUGAUGGUGAUUAUGAUGAUGGUGAUUAUGAUGAUGGUGAUUAUUAUGAUGAUGAUUUGCGUUUAUACGACAAUUUCUCGUUAAAUGGAACUUUGGAACUUAUCCUUAUUUCGUUACUCUUGACAAGACUUAAUUGA